CGGGGGGCAGUGCGCGGGUGUGAGAGCAGGAGGAUCGCGGAGACUGAGUUAGGAAACGUGGCCUUAAGAGAGAUUCCAGCUCAUCUCAAUGAGAAGCGCACUCAGCUGACACUCUCAGCGCAUCUGUAUUGAAGGCUCGCAGUGUUUAAAGGCGCGAGAACAUGGCUGAUGUGGAGCAGAACGCCGCGGUGCAGGACGCAGCCGGUAACGGGUCGGAUGCGGUGAACGGGACCGCGGGCCGGUUCGUGUCCAGCGCCGAGGGCACAGCGCUGGCGUACGGCAGCCUGCUGCUCAUGGCCCUGCUGCCCAUCUUCUUCGGAGCGCUCAAAUCCGUGGGCUGCUCCAAGAGCAAGAAUGCUUCAGAUAUGCCCGAGACCAUCACAAGCAGAGAUGCUGCUCGGUUCCCCAUCAUUGCCAGCUGCACUCUCUUUGGCCUAUAUCUCUUUUUCAAGAUUUUCUCGCAAGAGUAUAUUAACUUGCUGCUGUCCAUGUAUUUCUUCGUGCUGGGAAUAUUAGCACUUUCUCACACAAUGAGUCCCUUUAUGUUCAGAGUUUUCCCUGCUAACUUGCCAAAUAAGCAGUACCAGCUGCUGUUCACCCAGGGCUCAGGAGAAAGCAAGGAGGAGAUCGUCAACUAUGAGUUUGACACCAAGGAUCUGAUAUGCCUGGGAAUCAGCAGUGUGGUAGGGGUCUGGUACGUCCUCAAAAAGCAUUGGAUAGCCAAUAACCUGUUUGGUCUGGCGUUUGCCCUGAAUGGAGUUGAGCUGCUCCACCUCAAUAAUGUCAGCACUGGAUGCAUCCUGCUGGGAGGGCUGUUCGUUUACGAUGUGUUUUGGGUUUUUGGCACCAAUGUUAUGGUGACCGUUGCCAAGUCCUUCGAAGCCCCAAUUAAGUUGGUUUUCCCACAAGAUUUGCUGGAGAAAGGUUUGGACGCCAGUAACUUUGCCAUGUUGGGACUGGGGGACAUUGUCAUUCCGGGAAUCUUCAUUGCUCUGCUCCUGCGCUUUGAUGUCAGUUUGAAGAAGAACACGCGAACUUACUUCUACACCAGUUUCCUGGCUUACAUUUUUGGCCUGGGUCUUACCAUAUUCGUUAUGCACACCUUUAAACACGCUCAGCCUGCUCUGCUGUACCUGGUCCCUGCUUGUGUUGGAUUUCCAGUGCUGCUGGCCCUGGUUAAAGGAGAACUGACUGAGAUGUUCAGCUAUGAGUCGUCAGACGAGGUUUUGCCCCACACGCCGCGGCUCACUCAUUUCCCCACUGUGUCUGGCUCUCCGGCUAGUCUGGCUAACUCCAUGCAGAGUUUUGGCCUGUCGACCCCCCGCCGCCGCCAGCACACACCCUCCGACAUAUACGAAGAGUCUUCACCAGAGGAGGCGUCAUCGAAAGAGGAAAUAACAGAAUCUGAUAAAGACAAAUAAAAAUGCGGGUUGAGCCCUUAGUCAUGUCCUACAUUUGUUUGUCCUAGUGAUGUGGUCAUGUUCAGAGUCACAUGUUCUGUACUUUUGAACUUUAUUUUAAUGAUGUACAACAGCUUGCUCAGUGCCUGUGUAUUCUCUUUGUUCCUUUCGUUCAAUUCAUUGCCUUCAACAUUUGAAAAUUUGAUUGGUUAUUUGCUUUCAAAGUUGUUGUUUUUUUUUUUUAUUAUAAUACAGUAUUUGAACAGGGUAUAAGUUAGGCUUUCUGAAUGUAAUGUGUCAGAUUCCUAUACAGAUUUAUUAAAAAUCUGAUGUCACAAGUCCGGUACCUAUUCCUGUGUAGCUGGUUUCUGUUAUUGGUUUUACUCCAGGAUCUCAUAAGAGAUUCAGUUUGUGAAACAAGUAAUUGUCCAUCUUUUAUUACAUGAAGGGACAAAAGCAUUCUAGACGAAAUAAUUUUACUUUAUGCAAGUGUAAACAAAACCGGGACCAAAUAUCUCCCUAUAACUUGAUGGCAGUGUUUACAUGUGAUGUUUUUCUGGAUGUAGUUGAAGGGUUCUGAGUUUAGUUUUUUAUGCCAUAUUGUGUCCCGAUCAUAUGUGUUUGUACACCUCAUGCUUUGCUUGGUAAGCAUCAUUUUACAGUCUCCUCUUGUGUAAUCUUUCUUUUCUCAAUGUAAAAGUAUAAAAGUUUAAGCUUA